UGUCUGCGGUCUCCGGCUAGGGGCGGAGAAUCCGAGCGGGGUUGCCGGCUACUCGUAAAGCCGGUGAUGGGUCCCGAACCCGCGGUGACGCGGCGCGGGUCGUCGCGUCCGUGGUGGCUGCCACUGGCGCUGCUGCUGUGGUCCGGGCCGGCGCUGGGCGCGCUUCUUUUCGGCAGCAGGCAGCCCAGGGUCUUCGCGGACUUUCUGUCGGAGCAGCAGUUGCUGGAGGUGGAGGACUUGAGCCUGUCCCUGCUGCAGGGCGGAGGCCUGGGGUCGCUGUCACUGCUGCCUCCGGACCUGCCGGAUCUGGAUCCCGAGUGCCGGGAGAUGCUGCUGGACUUCGCCAACAGCAGCGCCGAGCUCACCGGGUGUCUGGUGCGCGGCGCUCGGCCCGUGCGCCUCUGCCAGACCUGCUACCCUCUCUUCCAACAGGUGGCCAGCAAGAUGGACAACAUCAGCCGAGCCGUGGGGAAUUCUUCAGAGAGUCAGAGUUGUGCCAGAAGUCUCCUAAUGGCAGAUCGAAUGCAGGUGGUUGUGAUUCUCUCUGAGUUUUUCAAUGCCACCUGGCAGGAGGCAAAUUGUGCAAAUUGUUUGGCAAACAACAGUGAAGAUUUAUCAAACAGCACAGAACAUUUCCUUCGUUUGUUUAACCAGACCUUGACCUGCUUUGAGCAUAACCUUCAGGGGAGCACACAUGGUCUUCUCCCACCAAAAAAUUACUCAGAAGUAUGCAAAAACUGUAAUGACGCAUACAAAACCCUGAGUACCCUGUACAGUGACAUGCAGAAAAUGAAUGAGCUUGUGAACAAGGCUGAGCCUGGAACGCAUUUGUGCAUUGACGUGGAGGACGCGAUGAACAUAACUCGAAAACUGUGGAGUCGAACCUUCAACUGCUCCAUCACCUGCAGCGACACGGUGUCUGUUGUCGCCGUGUCUGUUUUCAUCCUCUUCCUCCCUGUCGUCUUCUACCUCAGCAGCUUUCUUCACUCGGAGCAGAAGAAGCGCAAGCUCAUUCUGCCCAAACGACUCAAGUCAAGUACCAGUUUUGCUAACAUUCAAGAAAAUUCCAACUGAAACCUACAAAAUGGAGACUUGACAUUGAUCACAUGAAUGCAAAGUUCAAGACACAGCUUGGUCAGAAAGAAGAUAAACUGAUCUGAGUCUCCUUUAUCAGAGAUUCAAGGACAUCACAUUUACCUUUCAAUAUGAAUUUUUAAUUUUUCUUUUCUUGUGAACCCUCUUUUUAAAGAUUUAGGUAUUUUUAAUUUCCAGGCACAGCAGUGUUAUAUAUAUUUUAAAGUGCAUUUGUUACAGUAACAAAAGAGAUAAGAAGUAACCUUUGUUUUAUUUUAGAGAUAUAUUAUUAGUACUUGACACUUGUGGUAUCUCCUUCCUAGCAGAAGUACCAAAAAUACAAGUUUUUGAAGAGUAAUAUUUACAAAUUAGUUUCAGUAAAGACUUUGAAAAAGGAGUAAAUAUAUACUUGCCAAAUGAUAGAAGGUCAAGUUCAUUUAAAUGAAUCCCCAUUGCAGUGUUAUUGAUACAGAUGCAGUGUGUUAUACAUUAUAAAAACAUAUACUCUAUGUUUUCUAGCCUCCCUAAAGUCACUUUUGAAACCACUAAUUUAAACUUCUUUAAAAUGUUUAGAAGUGAUAAACCAUAGUACAUUUAUCUUUGUAAAAGGGUUAUGGUAACUUUUUUUCUUACUUGACUUUUUUGUUUGUUUGUUUAUUUCGAGGCAGGGUCUCACUCCAGCAUAGGCUCACCUAGAACUUACUGUGUAGUCUCUGGGUGGCCUCAAACUUGUGGCAAUCCUCGUAUUUCAGCCUCUCCAGUGCUGGGAUUAAAGGCAUGCGCCACCAUGCCCAGCCUUACUUGACUUUUAUAAAUAGUA